AUGGCGAAGGCUAAGGGCACUGGUGAGGUUGGCAGGCGGCUGCGGACAGACCUCCGCCUACAGCAGUGGCUGCUGCGGUUCGUGGGGGCGUGGGCGCCACGCAGCGGGGCGUCGACGUCUGUGUGGUCGACCCUGUACGGCACGUACUCCGGCUGCGUCGUGGUGAUCCUGCUGCUGUUCGUGGCCAGCCUGCUGUUCGCCAUGGUGCACUACUGGGGCCACAUGCUGGGCGUCACCAUGAACGCCUGCCUCAUGUUCACCUACGUCAUGAACAGCAUCAAGAUCGUCGCCUUCCUCAGGAUGAGACCCGCUAUCGACCAGUUCAUCGACGAACUCGACAGCUGUAUGCAGGAGUACGGGCAGGAGCUGCGGAGCCAGAAGGCGGCCGUGUUCCGGUGGACAGCUCUGAAGAGCCGGAUAGUGUCGGUGGCUCGGCUGUCGGUGACCGCCAUGGGCUGCGUCUACUGGGCGGUGAUGCCCGCGGUACGGGCCAGCGCCUGCGGCCACACCGUGGAGUGCCGGGCCAGCGUGGGACUGCCUGCCCAUGUCUGGUACCCCUUCUCCUACACCGUGUCGCCAGUCUACGAGGUGAUUUACGCGGCUGUGGCGGCUGGCUUGAUGUACGGCGCCCUGUUGUCCUCCAUCAUGGACGGCUUCCUGGUGUCGCUCUUCAUCUACAUGGCAGGCCACCUGCAGCUGCUCAAUCUCAUGCUGCGCAGCAUCAGCGGGGAUCACGAGAAGGAUGACGAAGACGGGGACCACCACGGCAAGCAGCGUCGUGACGUGGCAGCUGCCGGCCCCUUUCUUCAGGAGCAGCUCAUGAGAUGGCGGCUCGCCCAGUGCGUCACCUACCAUUGCCGUAUCGACAUGGGUGUACAGCGUCUGAGUACGUUAUUUGGACCAAUCCUGCUGGGGCAAUUUAUGAUGGACAUCAUAGCAAUCAGCGCCACAGCUUUCGUCGCCAUCGCUAAGAACGCUGACUCCACGUGGCUGGUGAAGUAUACGUCCUAUCUUUCUGCUGUGAUCCAGCAGCUGCUCUUCUACUGCUGGUUUGGAACUGACGUUCUUACAGAGAGUGAACGCCUGCAGAUGUCUGCAUACAGCUGCAACUGGAUGGAUGCAUCCCCGCGGUUCCGCAUGGAGCUACGCAUAUUCCUGUGUCGCACGCACCGCCCGAUGCGACUCACCGCCAGCAAGUUCUAUACCAUCUCGAAAGAGACUUUCCUGAUGCUGAUGAACGCAUCUGUAUCUUACUUCGCGGUGCUGAGAGAGAUCAACGCCAAGUGA